AUGACAGCGUCCGAUCGUGUUGUAAUAGCUAUAGAUAGAGGAGGAACCUUCACAGAUGUGAUAUACAAAUACAAAGGAAUUGAGAAAACAUUCAAGUUAUUAUCUGUUGACCCUUCAAAUUAUCAAGAUUCCAAUAUUGAAGGAAUCAGAAGAGUGUUAGAAAAAGUAACCGAUAGGAAAAUACCUAGGGGUAGUCAAUUGGAUACGUCUAUAGUUUCAUCUAUUAGACUUGGGACUACAGUUGCGACUAAUGCUCUUUUGGAAAGGAAAGGUGCAAGAUGUGCGUUGGUAACUACUAAAGGGUUUAAGGAUUUACUUCAUAUUGGUGAUCAAUCGAGACCAGACUUAUUUGCGCUUGAUAUAACUAAGCCAGGUGUUCUUUACGAAAAAGUUAUCGAAGCGGAAGAACGUGUUACUCUUCCAGCAUUCACAGUUGAUCCAAAUAGGUAUGACUGUCAAGAUCUCUUUGACGGUGAAAAAUAUGUUAGAGGUCAAACGAAAGAAAUAUUCGAAAUUUUGGAGCCAUUGGAUGAAGUAAAACUUCGAGAAGAAUUGUCACUUUUGAAAAAAGAUGGAAUUGAUUCCAUUGCGAUUGUUUUCAUCCAUGGGUUUAAUUUUCAAGCUCAUGAAAAAGCUGCUGGUAAAAUAGCUCAAGAACUUGGAUUUCGAAAUAUUUCUUUAUCUCAUAAAGUUCUUCCAGUUAUAAAAGCUGUUACUAGGGGGCACUCCACCACCGUGGAUGCAUAUUUAACACCAAUUGUAAAAGAGUAUAUUUCUAAUUUUUUAAGCGGAUUGAAACCUGACUAUAAUGAUCAUACAAAAAUCGAAUUUAUGCAAUCUGACGGUGGAUUAUGUUCUUAUGAGAAGUUUUCAGGGCUUCGGUCGUUAUUAUCAGGUCCUGCUGGUGGCGUUGUCGGCCAGGCUAUGACUUGUUACGACCAAAAUAACAAAAUUCCCGUAAUUGGCUUCGAUAUGGGUGGAACUUCUACUGAUGUUUCACGUUAUGCUGGGGAUUUUGAGUUUUCAUUUGAAAGUAUAACGGCAGGUAUUAAAAUAGCAGCUCCUCAAAUUGACGUGAAUACUGUUGCAGCUGGUGGUGGAUCUAUAUUAUUUUAUAGGAAUGGGACGUUUUUUGUGGGUCCUGAGUCUGCCAGCGCUCAUCCAGGUCCAGCUUGCUACAGAAAGGGUGGACCUCUUACAAUAACCGAUGCAAAUCUUUUUAUAGGAAGAUUAUUGCCAAAGUACUUUCCACAUAUCUUCGGUGAUGCUGAGGAUCAACCUCUUGAUUUCGAAGUAACCAAACAGAAGUUUGAGGCAUUAACGAAAGUUAUUAAUAGGGAGAAUCCAGAUUCCCCCAAAACCCCCCAAGGAGUCGCUCUUGGGUUUCUCGAAGUUGCUAAUUUUCAAAUGGCUAAACCUAUCAGGGAACUUACAGGGUCUAAAGGCCACGAUAUAUCUGGUCAUUCAUUGGCGUCCUUUGGUGGUGCUGGUGGUCAACAUGCUGCAUCAAUUGCCCAAUUAUUGAAAAUUAAUCGCAUAUUAAUACAUAAACACUCUUCAAUAUUAUCAGCUUACGGUAUAUUAGUUGCUGACCUAGUUAGUGAAAAACAGCAGCCUUGUUCUGAAAUUAUUGAUUCCCAGUCAGUCAAUAUAUUGCUUAAAAAAUGUGAUAAAUUAAAAGAGGAAGCUAUCGAGGAGCUCCUUAUGGAAUCUGUUGCCCCAAGUACGAUUAGUUGUAAAUUAUAUUUUAAUAUGGGCUAUGAGGGUUCUGAUACCCGCUUUAUGGUUCUUCAGCCAGAGAUGAACCAAUUUUUAGAACUCUUCUAUGAAAUUCACCAACGUGAACUUGGCUUCAACGAUAGAAGUCGAAAUGUAAUUGUAUCAGAUAUACGAGUUAGAGUAACUGGAAAUACGGCUGACAAUGAAAGAGAAAUUUCUCCUUAUGAUGAGCUCGAAUCUACAGAAAUUACAGAAGUCUCUAAGAAUAAGGCAGAGGAAACAGUGUUAAUAUAUUUUGAAGGAGGAUAUCAAAAUUCAGAAGUAUAUUUCUUAGAAAAUUUAACUACGGGUUCGGUUGUAAAUGGCCCUGCAUUAAUAUUAGAUUCAACACAGACAAUCCUAGUAUCCCCACAAUGCCAGGCUACUGUUUUGUCCAGACAUAUAGUAAUGGAUUUGAAGCUGAAUAAAAUUGAAUGCAUAAGUUCUAAGGUUGUUGAUCCUAUUAAAUUGGCAAUCUUCGCAAACAGAUUUAUGUCUAUAGCAGACGACAUGUCAAGAACAUUGCAAAAGAUUUCGGUAAGUGCUAAUAUUAAGGAAAGAAUGGAUUAUUCGUGUGCACUAUUUGAUAAUGAAGGUAAUUUAACUGCAAAUGCUCCGAAUGUACCAGUGCAUUUGGGAUCAAUGUCGUCUGCCAUAAGGUAUCAGUUGGAAUAUUGGAAAGAUGAUUUACACGAAGGCGAUAUACUUUGUACUAAUUCUCCGAGUGUUGGCGGAACUCACUUACCAGACUUAACUAUAAUCUCACCUGUAUUUUAUGAUUCGAAGCUUCAGUUUGUUGUUGCAUCAAGGGCCCAUCAUUCAGAGAUUGGAGGAUCUGCUCCUGGAUCAUCAUCAUCUUAUGCGAGGGAUAUUGUCGACGAAGGUGUUAAUAUCAAGACCUGGAAGAUUGUUCAGAAUGGCAAAUUUGAUGAUGAUGGAUUGUUGAAGCAUUUUGUUGAAGAACCUAAAUCACAUGGUGUAUGCGGUACAAGGAAUAUAGAUGAUAAUAUCUCUGACUUGAAGGCACAAAUUGCAGCGAAUCAAAGAGGAAUAAAUUUAUUAUUAGAACUUUUUAAAGAAUAUGGAAGUGACGUAGUAUUAUUCUAUAUGAGAAGUGUUAAGAAGACUGCUGAAUUAGCAGUGAGAAGUUUCUUUAAAGAUUUUUUUCAGCAAAAUAGAGAUAAGAUUCCCUUAAAGGCUGAAGAUUACUUAGAUGAUGGCUCAAAAAUCUGCGUUUCUAUUGAUGUGGACGGUGACGAUGGUUCGGCUUCUUUUGAUUUUACGGGAACUUCUCUAGAGUCAUAUUCGAAUCUCAAUGCUCCGAAAUCGGUGACGUAUUCGGCUGUGAUAUAUGUAUUGAGAUGCUUGAUAAGUUUAGAUAUACCUCUUAAUCAAGGAUGUUUGAAUCCCUGUACACUCUAUGUUCCUGAAAACACGCUUAUUAACCCUAGUGAGUUUGCAGCUGUAUGUGCUGGUAAUGGAAUGACUUCACAGAGAACCACUGAUGUUUUAUUUAAAGCUUUUGGUGUAACUUCAGCUACUGGUGGCUGCAUGAAUGGUAUAAAUUUCGGUACAGGAGGCGAAAACGAAAAAGGCGAACUUAUAAAAGGAUUCGGUUAUACUGAAACUAUUGGUCAAGGAAGUUGUGCUGGAAUAAUAGAAAAGGAUGGUAAGAGAGUAGGAUUUGAUGGUUUUUCUGGUACACAAACAAAUAUGACAAAUACCAGGAUUACUGAUCCCGAAGUAUUGGAACAAAGAUACCCAUGUCUAUUACGUACAUUUACUAUCAGGCAAAAUAGUGGUGGCAAGGGGAAGUGGAACGGAGGUAAUGGAUUAAUACGGGAGAUUCAAUUCAACUCACCUGUUCAUGUAUCUUUAGUGACUCAGCGCCGAGUUUAUUCACCUUGGGGAAUAUAUGGAGGUGAAUGCGGUAAAAAGGGAGAAAAUUACCUUGGAAGGAAUAGAUCUAAUGGAAUAAUCCAAUGGAUACAUCUACCAUCUCUUGCUGAAAUAGAAAUAAGGAAAUGCGAUAUUUUACGCAUAUUGACACCAGGCGGUGGAGGUUUUGGAAAACCAGCGGACUCUGAUGAGUAUUGGAGAAUUGGUGAUUGUUCACCAAACUCAUUUGAACACAUUCCUCUUUCAUUAGGAUCUGUCGGAUCAUUAAAAGAGGGUUCAAACACUUCUCAAUGA